AUGUUUCCCUCCGGUUUGGUGGUCCCCGUAGUGGCGACGGUGUCUGUGGUGGUGCCGAUGAUGGCAGUCUCGCGGGAGGUGGAGCUGCGGAAGAAAACGCCUCAUCAUGUGAUGCCUUCCGUGAAGGAAACCAUCUUGGCCGGCCUCAGUGACGCGCCCGCGUCGAAGCCCACACCAACGCCACCACCACCAGCACCACCAGCACCAGCAGCGGCGGCGGCAGCACCGCCCGUGACUACUCCGACUCCUACGACGAUCCCUACGACUAAUAGCGCCAAUGCCGACGUCAUUACGUCCGUUGUUACGCCCUCCCCUACACCAUUAGCGGCAAGAACUUCGACAACUCCCAUCGCUGUGCCUCGUGUAAGUCGCACAAGCCAUUCCUUGACCAAAACUGUCGCUGCAGCAAUCUCGUGGAUUCGUUCGUACCCAUUCACUGUGGCGGGUGCAACUGCCGUUUUGGCCUUCACAGCGUCCAAAGUGUACACCACAUACUUGCGCAUCAAGGUGCGGCGUCAAAUGAUGUCAACCGACGACUCACAGAAAGUGCAGUUAUAUGUGGUCACACAGUCCUUUGCGACACCCAGCAUCUCCGUUUCGUGUGUCAUGGUAGAGACAUUUCUGCGUAAGGCGAGGAUACCCUACGAGGUGCACACUUUGAAUGAUCCUCUCAUAUUUCCAAACGGAAAAUUACCACUUAUUCGGUAUAAGGACAACCUCAUGGACACUCCGACCAACAUUGUGAAGUUUCUCACGUCGACAUUCAACGUUCAAAUGGAUAAACAUCUCAGUAAAGAGGAAAAAGCCAUUGGUGUUUCUCUUGUAUCAAUGACUCGGAACUGGCUUUGGCGUGCCCCUGACUGUUUGCCCCGCAUGGAGAAGCACAGGAACAUCAGGGCCUUUCUCUUAGGGAUGCUACGAAAAGUAACGACACCACGCGAGAAGGCACGGAUGACGGCGAUGAUAACUAAACAAGAGGAGGACCUUAAAGCCAUAGAGAAGGUUAUGGGUAUAAAAAAUUAUUUACUAGGGUCUACUCCCACCUCAUAUGACUGCGCCUUGUACGCAGCGUUGCUGCCGUUUAUCUCGGAGAAAGAGGAUGGACCGGCGGCGUACGUGAAGAAGAGCAAAGUAUUCAAAGGCUACAUGAAACGCAUGUCACACACCACGCCAGAUGGGCAUAAAGGGUUGGAUGCCCACCAGAAUGGGAACUCACACUGA